AUGAUUUCUGUUGAUUCCGUUCGGUUUGAAAGGAAUUUUAAAGCAGCACAUGAUGAAUUAUUGAAGGCUAUUGAUUUAUGCCCAUUCCAACCAGAGGCUUAUUAUAAGAGAGCACUACUGUAUUUUCAGACAAGUAAUCAAAAGGAAAUGCUUCGGGCUGUCACGAUCACAAAAUUCGUUUGUAGAGGACAUCCAUUUUGGACUUUGUUAUGUGAUGGAUAUAUAGAGGAGGUUGCACAAAAUUAUAGAAAAUCUAAAGAUUUAUAUUUGAGUGCUUUUAAAAUUGAAAAGGAAACAGUAUUGGAAUAUUAUCAAUCAUUUUAUUCGAUAUCAAGAAAUAUGGCAGAAACAAUGUAUUCAUUGUUUGAUAUUUUUACACCAUUCUUUUCAAUCUUCAACGCUGGUUGUGUUAUGAUGGAUAUUGAUUUAUAUGCUGAUGCAAUCAAAGAAUUUGAAAAUGCAAUCACAAGCUUGGAAAAUGGUUGUAAUGUUCCAAAUUUUUACUAUCCAGAGCAUAAAGAAAGAAUACUCAAGGUGGGAAGAGCACUAUGCUAUAACAAUAUUGGAUGUUGUUAUAUUAACACGGAAUCUGAAACAGCACUUAAAUAUUUAGGUAAAGCUGUUGAAAAUUGCUCUAACUAUAUACUUGUUUACUCUAACAGAAUGUCUACAAAUGCUAGAACGGAUAAUUACGCUCAGAUUGUGGAAGAUAGUGAGACAGUAUUGAAAUUUGUCACAAACCCUGAUCAGGUGGAAGUAAUGGAAGUUGAACGAAUCUCGGCUCUGGAAAAAAUGCUAAGGAAUAAUCCUUAUAAAGCCUAUUCGAAACAAAAAUUCAAGGAAGAAUUAGAGGAAUUAAGCAAGAAAUACCCAAAAAAUUAUACAAUUUACAUUACACAAGCAUGCUCUUCAAAUUCACUUGAAGACGCUAUUUCCAUUGUUGAUCAAGGAAUUAAGAAUAUUGAUGGAUCUGCAGUUGAAAAUGAAUACAAACUCCUAACGUUAAUUGAGUUUAGAUCUCAAUUGCUUAAUGGAAUUGGGAAAACAGCUGAAGCUGACAAGGAUCUAAAUUUUGUAACAAUGGCUUUUCAAUCAGAGUAUUUACUGAGAAUCGAAUAA